CCCCCCUCCCUCCGAGAGCCCCUGUUUCCUCAGAAGGAGAAAAGCGCGCUGUCAGCCGGGAAAGUGCGUGGGACGUCCACCAUCCAGAGAGGCCUGACGCGAUCCAAGUCGCCGAGUCCGAAGCCUUUUCCUCUGCGUCCCCCCCACCCCCGUGUCCCAUCCCUAGCCGUGGUCGAGCAGGAGCUCCCGGAAGAAGAACUCGCGGGCUCUCGUUGUGGGAAAUAACCCCCAUCCCCCAUCCCCUCCGUCGCCAUGGCGAGCAGCAGCGGCUCCAAGGCCGAGUUCAUUGUCGGGAACAAAUACAAGCUGGUGCGGAAGAUUGGUUCGGGCUCCUUCGGGGACAUAUACUUGGCCAUCAAUAUCACCAACGGGGAGGAAGUAGCUGUGAAGUUAGAAUCACAGAAGGCCAGGCAUCCCCAGCUGUUAUAUGAAAGCAAACUAUACAAGAUUCUGCAAGGGGGAGUUGGCAUCCCUCAUAUAAGGUGGUAUGGUCAAGAAAAAGAUUACAAUGUUCUAGUAAUGGAUCUUCUUGGACCUAGUCUUGAAGAUCUCUUCAACUUCUGUUCUCGAAGGUUCACAAUGAAAACAGUACUUAUGUUAGCAGACCAGAUGAUCAGUAGAAUUGAAUAUGUGCACACAAAGAAUUUUAUACACAGAGAUAUUAAACCAGAUAACUUUCUAAUGGGUAUCGGACGUCACUGUAAUAAGUGUUUAGAAUCUCCAGUGGGGAAGAGGAAAAGAAGCAUGACUGUUAGUACUUCUCAGGACCCAUCUUUCUCAGGAUUAAACCAGUUAUUCCUUAUUGACUUUGGGUUGGCCAAAAAGUACCGGGACAACAGAACAAGGCAACACAUACCAUAUAGAGAAGACAAAAAUCUCACUGGUACAGCUAGAUAUGCAAGCAUUAAUGCACAUCUUGGCAUUGAACAGAGUCGUCGUGAUGAUAUGGAGUCAUUAGGAUAUGUAUUGAUGUACUUUAACAGAACCAGCCUGCCGUGGCAAGGAUUAAAGGCUGCAACAAAGAAGCAGAAAUACGAAAAGAUUAGUGAAAAGAAGAUGUCUACUCCUGUUGAAGUUUUGUGUAAGGGAUUUCCUGCAGAAUUUGCAAUGUACCUGAACUACUGCCGUGGCCUGCGCUUUGAAGAAGCUCCUGAUUAUAUGUAUCUGAGGCAGCUAUUCCGUAUCCUUUUCAGGACCCUGAAUCAUCAAUACGACUACACAUUUGACUGGACAAUGUUAAAGCAGAAAGCCGCACAGCAGGCAGCCUCUUCCAGUGGGCAGGGGCAGCAAACCCAAACCCCCACAGGCAAGCAAACUGACAAAUCCAAGAAUAACCUGAAAGGUUUUUGAGCAUGAAGAAGAGAACAGAUGAGGCAGAGCUGAAUGGAGCAGGAUGUAUCACCUCCCAAAUCCUAGAAAUCUUAGUUCAUAAAUACACAUACCAGUGGUUGUGGGCAACCAUCUGCUUGAUGUAAAGAACUUGCUUUCGGUAUAAACUGGCUCUGGGCAGCACCAUUGAUGCUGCAUCUCUGAGUUGUAGCAGCUGUAAUUGUGAAUAUUACUGAGAUAGUUGAACAUGGUGUCCAGUUUUCUAUUGCAUUUUUUCAAGUGGAAAAAUUAACCGAGUGGUUGACACACAAGUGGUGGAGAGAAUUGUGCAUAUGCCAAUUUUUGUAACCUUUUUACUUUGAACUACACUGCUUAUGAGAUCUCAUUAUUUUGGAAGAAUGGCAUGAACAAGUCUUCAGAACAGUUGCGAUAAUUGUAAAUGCUCACAAUUGUGCACUCCUUCUGGGUAUUCCUCCCUGGUUCUGAAAGUUGUACACUUAAAACAUUCUUAAAAUUGCUGGUAACUUGAGUGAUGUAACAAGCCAGCUAUUGUGGUAGUAACCAAAGAUUCCAGUUUUAAGCAUAUGAAAGACUCUGCCUGCUUUUACCUGUGCAUAGAAAUAACAGCAUCUAAAGUGAAGACUUAAGAGAAAUUUAGCGACUACUAGAUUAUCUUUAGGACUUUGCAUUAACUCUAUAAUGUUAUUGGUAUACAAGGAGAAACAGCAUAUUUGUCACAAAUUUAGUUAACAUCUUCCAACUGAAACUGUAUGUAAAAGUUGCUUAGAUAAAUGUAAUCACUGUAAACAUCUAGAUGAUCUGGGGUUUUUUUAUUUUGAAAUGGGAACAUUUUUGUUUACAAGUUAAUUAAAAACUAAACUGUUCCUGUAAGGAUUUUUUUUAAUUUGCCUUGAUAAUUUGCAAACUAAAUUAGACACCACCUUUUUUUAAAAAAAAUCGCAGUUACAAUACCAUUUGUUAAAGCAACAGUCCUGUUUCUUAAUCAUUUUAGAUCUAGUGUUGUAACUCUUCCUCACUUUUGUUUUUAAAUAAAUUUUGUAUUUGUUUUCCUGAAGGGGAGGGGCACUCUUGCAUUUUUAUAAUCUGUUGCAUUGAUACCCAGUCUGCUGUAACGAGAUCAGAUGAAAAUAAAGGAAUCUUUUCAGACCCAUUGCAACAGCUUACAAAUCCUGCC